AGGUUGUAGGUUAUGUCAGAGCGCGGACGGGGAGAGCUCGUCGCGCGAUUUGUUUUGUCGCGCAGCAGAGAGCCCCGAGGGAAGUAUGGCGAUGUGGGAGAGCGACAAGUUCCAGGAGGACGACAAUGCGGACGGUAUCGGGGGCAAUUUCGACAAUAUCCUCGUGACGCACGAUCUGCAGGACUGCCUGGACGACACCCUCGACCUGUCCAGCUUCGAGAGGGUCUACGAGCAGAGCGCGGUGUUCGAUUACGAGAGGUACUCCGACGACGAUGCUGCCGCUAUCAACGAGGGGCUACCUGUCGAUGACAACACGGUCGAGCAUAUCCAUCACAGCAUCAAUCCAAAUGAAAUUUAUAUGCGAAUACAUCAAGAACAGGAAGAUGCAUUACUCGACGAUCAUGCAACCUCUCACGAAACUGUCACGUUUGAAAAUAUGGAUCCGGACGUUAAUCAGAAACAUAUCAAUCGUUAUAAUUGUCAAUACGAAGGCUGUACCAGAACGUAUAGUACCAUUGGAAAUUUGCGUACACAUAUGAAAACACACAAAGGCGAGUAUCGAUUUAAAUGCGCAGAGCCGAGUUGCGGCAAGGCCUUUCUCACGUCCUACAGUCUAAAGAUCCACAUUAGGGUACACACAAAAGUAAAACCGUUCGAAUGCAAUCACAAAGGCUGCGAGAAAGCGUUCAAUACCCUUUACAGACUGAGAGCUCACCAAAGACUUCAUAGUGGCAACACAUUCAACUGCGAAGAGACUGGAUGCGUUAAAUUCUUCACUACUUUAAGCGAUCUCAAGAAACAUAUACGUACUCAUACUCAAGAAAGACCGUACAAAUGCAGAGAGAAGGGUUGCGGAAAGGCUUUUACGGCUUCACACCAUUUAAAAACGCACAAAAGAACACAUACCGGCGAACGGCCGUACGUCUGUAACUUUGAAAAUUGCAAACGACGCUUUACUACUCCUCAUAGUUUAAAAAGCCACAUAAAAACACAUAAUAAAACUGUGAAUAACGAUACGAAGCAUAAAGAUACUAACAGAGGAGACACGGCCGAGAGGCAGAAAAUGUUAACUCAAUUAGAAUUGAAACUUGUAAAAGUCAGCGCGAGCAACACCACUAUACCGUCGUAUGCCGUUAUACCGAUAUCUACAGAUCUCAUGCCAAACGAUGGAAACAUGCCAUAUGCAUCCGCGAAAGAUGCAGCGGGACAAAUAACUCCCACUAAUGUAAUGGAUAUUAUGACUCAUCGCAAGUUGGAUGCAAAGCUCGGUUAUAAUUCUACCAAAGACAAGGAUUCGAGCGGGACUGCCGGAGUCGCGCUUCUCGCGACGGACAUCGUUUUAGAUAAUUUUAACGAACACGCAGUUUUCAACAACAGCGAGGACUAUCAGAAAUUUAAAGUAUUUAACCAAAUGACUGAAUCAAAUGCGCAACAUGAUAAUUUAAUGGACGCCGUAGCUGCUGGGCAUCAGAAUCAUCCGCACAAGUCAGCUUCGCUGUCGGAAGCGCACGGCGACAGUGUAGCCGGGCAGGACCGAUCUAUCCCGAUGAAUUUAGGGCAGAAGAUUAUGCAGGAUGGUUUGCAAAAUGCAAUUGCACACAUUUCCGAGGGAACGAGUUUCACGGGUAAUUUGAAACAGUAUAAGAACGAGUCCAUCACUGCUCCCGACGAUGUGUUUGCAAAUCGAUCAAACGCGGAGAAUAUAUCUGAUAGCGGCAGCGCGUUAUAUAGUGCCAAUUGCAUUACUAGUCAUAUUACCGAUAUUAUAAGUUCCUCGAACGAAGCCCACCUUUUCGAGAGUGGAAUGGACACUCUCUCGUCGUUCAUCAAUGACGCGAAUUUGCAAAACGAGUCCCUCAUCGCGGUGUCGAAUCACGACUUGCACGCGAACGCUGCUGUGAACGCCCAGUCCGAGGCCGUUGAGCUCGCGAUAGCGACCGAGGAGGAGUUACCUUCCUCGUGGAUAGACGUGAUGGCACUGGCAACCGCGCCUGCGUUGAGGGCGCAAUCUUGGUCGGAACUGAACGCCUUUCCCACGGUUCAUUCUUUAGUGGAUCUAGUGGGCCCGGAGCCUUAUCCACUGGAGAUGGAGACUCAAUUGCAAACGUCCGCGGAAAGUUUGAAAAAUGUCGACGCGAUGAAUACGCAGCACCCUACGGCGAGCAUCGAUAUUAUGGAAUGCCAAAGGAUCGCGGAACACGAGCACAAGGCAGGUAACAUAAAGAGCAAGGACAGAAAUAUUCUGCAGGAGAUCACGGCAGAGGCUGAUAUAUGUAAAUGUGUCGAUUGUAAAUGCAACAACUUGCAAAAUUGUCAGAACUGCACGAGCACCCCGGUCGGAGAGGUAACGAAAAAAGACACGGUACAAAUCGUAAAUGACAUUAUGUCUUCUUUGCAAAAUAAAUGUUCCUGCAACGCCGAGCCCGGUGGUUGUGACUCUUGCUGUGUUGUAAUCUGUCUAAAGACGCUGCAGCAGCUACAGAAAAUAUUUAGCAACUGUUGUAGUAAGAGUACUAGCAAUGCCGCGAACGCAUGCUGUAGGGAAAAGUUGUUACCGUCUUCGAUGAAAUGCCAACUAGCCAGAAAUCAGUGAUCCGCAUACGUUCUUUAUUAAUUUUUAACUAGUCACGCAAAAAAAAAAAAUUAAUGCUGUAUUUCUAUGCUAAUCCCCCAAAAAGAUUUGUGAUUUUACACCUGAUAGCUUUAAAUUGGGCAACUUUUGCCUUUCGAAUAUUUUAUCUAGGACGAAUUGAGAAUAUGCGACUGUGUACAUACAUGUGUUAUAUCUGAGUUUGUUAAGGGAUUCUACAUAUAUUCUAUGUAACGUAUUCUUAUACGUUAUUUUGUGCCAAAUAUUUGUAAACUUUUUACAAAAGAGUAUUUAUACAUACAAAAUUACUGUUGCAUAAUUCAUAAUAAUACACAAGAUAUUCGCACAGUUUCAAGAUAAUUGUUUGCCUAAACCUAACUUAAAGAAAAAUAAUUAACUGAUAACACACAAGGAUACAACGAAAAAAAAAAAUUCCCAGUGUGCAAUAGUUUUUAUACAAGUUUUGACAUGAUCAAAUGUUUUGUAAAUAGAUUCAGAUUUCAUAAUUUUCUGUGUGCAAUGUAAAAAUGGAUAGAUGGCAUCUUUUGAUAUCUGAAUCACAAAUAUGCUGUUUCCUGUACAAUUGAUCUAUAAUAUUUGCUGAAGAACUUGUCACAAAUUUAAGAGCAUUGAAAAUAUGUACAGCAUAUUAAUGAUAUCUUCUUUUUCUAAUUUUUAUUUAUAAUAUAUAAAUACAAAAAAUGAUAGUAAUAAUAGUUGUAUGUUUAAGAAUUUUAUUUAUUUAACUCUUGAAUGUGUAUGUUCCCGAACUAUAGCGUUAACCCUAGGAAUAUUAUUCUACCUUAUUGUUGUUUAUAUGUAAACGCCGAUGAGAAAAAGCUUUCUGCUAGUGCACGUUUACUAAAAAAAAAAAAAUAAGAAAAAAAACUUGAUAUUUUCUCGGUUAAUCAGAAAAUGCCAAAUAAACAUCCAAAGUGUUUGUAACGUUAUUGCUGUAACGUUAAUAAGAUACCAAGUUUUUAGGUUUUAACUAGAGUCUAGCGUUUUAAGUUUUGCAUUAUUGUAUAACGAAAUAGAUCGGAGAAAUGUUAAUUUUUAACAAUUUUAGCGUGAAAAUUUGUAUGGCUGUUACAAGUACUUGCAAUAAAAAAUCAAUGUACCUAAAUAGCUUGUAAAUAGCAGCAUAUUUAUUAUGUUGUUAAUGAACAAAUAUAAAAACUAACUCAAUAAA